AUGGCAUCAUUACCCACCAACUUGUGCGAACUGUUCGCCCAGUCCGUUCGGCAAUAUCCAGAAAAUCUUGCAGUCGAACAUGAAGAUGGAUCUUUUACUUAUAAGGAGUUAGAUGAAACUUCAUCAGCCUUAGCUCACGAUUUGAAACUUCUGCGAGUUGGAAGGGGAUCACUAGUUCUGUUGGUAACAACUCAUGGAAGCUUCAACAUUAUCGCAAUCCUAGCUAUUCUAAAAGCUGGAGGCUGCUUUGUUCCCAUCGAUCGCAAGACAUGGUCACCUGAAAUGAUUAAUUACGUAUGCGACACAGUCGAAAGUCACAUCAUUAUCAAUACUACGCCAGAACCCUUCUCAGCCGCCAAGGGGUCGCAUCACGUAUUGCAUUUGACUAGUCUUCCGACGAUAUCGUCGUCUCAGAUAUCCCCGUCCGUAUACCCUCAGACCUUGGAAGAUGAUGAUGCAUGCAUUAUCUUUACAAGUGGUAGUACCGGGUGCCCAAAAGGCGUCAUCCUCUCGCACAAGUCUUUGUGCUUAUACUCUACGACGAGUCCCAUAAACUUGGACAUCGUUCCAGGAGAUAGGCUGCUCCAUAUUUUGUCGGUGGCUUUUGAUGCCUGCGCUUGUAUGCUUUUCUCAACCUUAGGAAAUGGUGGCACCGUGGUCCCAACCCAAGCCGAAGACAUAUACGCCAAAGCCCCUUCAUGUACUGUAGCGGCUGCUACACCUUCAAUACUGAACACUAUAAUGGAUUCUUCGUCGGAUCCUAACAUUUUAAAUCACGUUCAUACCGUCAUCCUCGGCGGCGAGACCGCAAAGCAGGAUUUGCUGCGAUCCCUGUUGGAUGCUGGUAUUCGAGUUCUGGUCGGAUAUGGAGCGACAGAGACGACCUCCAUGGGCUCUAUACAUGUUGUAACCCGUGACCCAGAAACGAAUGCAAUCAAUCCGCUGCUGAUCGGGGCUUCAAUUAAACAAAGCCCAAUUCAUCUUGUGAACAGCGACGAUCAACUGAUCGAAGACAAUUUUGCGGAAGGGGAGAUACUCAUUGCAGGAGAUGGUCUCUCUCGUGGAUAUUACAAGGAUGAUGCGAAAACGAAUAGUACUUUCAUCUACUGGAAUUCAACACGAGUUUAUAAAACUGGCGAUUAUGGACGAUGGAUACCAAAUCCUGAAGGCGGCCGGUUGAUCGAGUUCCGCGGACGAAAAGAUAGAACAGUCAAGAAUGGAGGGUUCCUCGUGAAUCUAGACCGAGACGUUGAAAAUGCUCUCAGCCAUGUGGGUAUGUCACUCGGUGUAACAUCCGUCUGCGCUGCAGUGACAGAGGAUGGGAUUGUCGCAGUGGUGACUCCAGAAAGCAUUGAUACCAUGGCACUUUUAGCGAAAGCGAGGGACUCCAUGUCUACUUACUGUAUUCCGUAUCGAAUAGAGGCUGUGGAAUCAUUUCCUACAUCUUCCAACGGUAAAGUACAGCAUAGAAAAGUGCUGGAGGUUAUCUCAGCUACGGAUGGCAAAGUGGGCUCGAACAAGCCUGUUGCCCUGCCUUCACCACCCGCAUUACAACAGUCAGAUUCCGACACAAGCGUCGGGGAAGAACGGCUCUCGGAAAUUCUGAACGCUGCUUCAAAUGUAUUUGGACUCUCUGGAGGUGGACUGAAAAGAAUACAAGGAGGCGAUUCUUUCUUAAAGCUAGGUGGCUCGUCACUUUUAGCAUUCAAGCUUGCUUCAACCCUCCGCCAGCGAAAUCUCAAUAUCUCCCCCAAAGAUCUUUUUAGUGGUCAUACAUUUCAGGAACUAGCGAAAUACUCAUCAAAUAUUAAUAUUGCAGAAGAAGGGUCAUUGCCGUCACCCGCAGAUGAGAGAUUCGAUGUUACGCAGAAAUUAGCAUCUCUCCGAAGCCAGGCUCGGAGCAUUUUGGCUUUGGAGAAUGAUAGCUUUGACAUUGGUCCCCUGACCAGCUUACAGCUGACUCUGGCAUUGCCAACAUUGAGUUGCAGCUGGAAGAAUGUUAACCAAGUCAAAUUGGCUUACACAACCGAAUAUGCAAGCAUGAUUGAGAGAGCAUGGCGAGCAGUGUGGCAAGCGGAACCAGUAUUCAGAACUGAGCUAUGUUUGACCAUAGGAUGCGGCGCUCAGAUUGUCCACAAACGACCAAUGAGAAAGCCCAAGAUGCAGUUCUUUAAUCACUCGUCCGAUUAUGAAGAAGCAGUCCAGAAAGCCGAUACUAAUGUCGGAUUGGGCUGCUCGCUGGAAUUUAUUGUAUAUCACCCAACUGCCGUUCUCGGAGUCACGGCAGCCGUCAGCAUGCCAAAAGAAAUUGAAGAGCUGACAAUAGUCUUAACUGCUCAUCACAGCCUAAUGGACGGCUUGUCAUUGCAGAUCCUCCUGGCGAAUGUUGAACACGCUGCAAGGGGACGGCAGAUUCCCCGCAGUCUCAGUUCCAUUGAGGCCUAUCUCGAGUUGAUAUCAAUCCAGCAAAAGAAAGAUGCCAGUGCCAGAAGUUUCUUUUCCGAAUACUUGAGAAAGGUGCGACUGGCAGACAACCUCCCUAAGAAGCCCGAUAUCGCCAUUGGAGGGAACAUGAGCCUCACUAGCCCGAAUAACUCUAUCUUAUUCGGGCCCUCUGUUAACAGUGAUGAAGUUGCUCACUUUGCAACCCAAAUUGGUGUAUCGCCAGCAUGCGUCUAUUAUACUGCCUGGGCAAUGGCUAUGAGCACUUUUGAGAACAACUCCACAAUCGUCAUGGGCUCCGUGUUCUCUAACAGAGCGUCGCACCCUGAAUUCCAUAACGUGAUUGGUUUAUACAUGUCAACUUUGCCUUUGGUUGUCAGUAUUGAUGCAAAUGAAACAGUAUACCAGCUUCUUCACAGGACUAUGGGCGACAUACUUUCUCUCGGGGAAUAUGCUUGGGCACGCUCGGAUCAAGUUGGCAUCGGCAGCCACAUGAAUAGCCUGGUGGCACUUCAACCACCACUUCCUGAUGAGAACUCACACCCUCCAGCUAUUCGGGCAGAGUCGGUGGAGAACAGCGAGUUUCCACUAUCGCUGUUGAUAGAAUCCAAUGGAGAAUUUCGCAUUUUGCACAAUAGCGGUGUGUUUGAUGAAGGUGCAAUCCGACGGUUAGGCGGGCAUUUCAAGCAAGCACUUCGGGGCGUGCUAAAUCACACCUUGGUGGGCGAAUGUAUGAGGUUGAAUGCUCUUCAAGAAACUGUAUAUCUGAAGGCGGAAAAGGUCAGGAUCGGGCAAAGUGAGCAAACAGUCAAGAGGGCCUUGGAGGACUCGAUCGACCGGUUCCAAGAGUACAUCGCCAUUGAGGAUUGCAAAGGCAACACGCUCACUUAUAGACAACUCGAACAGCAAACAAACAUUAUUGCCAGCAUGAUUAAUGAACAUUUAUCUGAUACAACGGCUACGAGUGUUGCCAUAUAUGGCGAUGGAUCAGUCGGGUGGCUGCUAGGCUUGUUAGGAAUUCUCAAAACAAGCCGUACCUUUGUUCCUCUUGACCCUAAGUGGUCGAUGGAAAGAAAGGCUAUGGUUCUAGAAGCUAGCAAGGCAGCUGCCAUUGUUGUCCCCAGCUCUGCACAGCAAAACGAAGUCCCAAUGAUCGGUGCGAAGAAAGCAUUAACCAUAGAUCAUAUGCUAUCUGUUGAUGAACGGGCCGCAAGACUACCUGAUACUGGCCAUGCAGACUCUGUUCUUGUUUACAUCUUUACUUCGGGGACAACUGGAGCGCCAAAAGGUAUCCCUACAACUCAUCGAUCAUUUCUGGCAUUCCAGAGCAAUCCCGAGGCGACGAUGUUUGCUGCUCCUGGGAGGCGAACUGCCCAGUUUAUGUCACCUGCCUUUGAUGCUUGCAACGAAGAAAUCUUUUCUGCGCUACUGCACGGAGCAACACUUGUUCUGAGAGAUCCAUUAGAUCCAUAUGCCCAUCUACUGAAAGUUAAUACAGUAACCAUGACCCCGGCAGUUUUGUCUGUGCUGGAGCCAGAGCAUUACCCAAAUCUUGAGAUUAUAUAUGCCACCGGAGAAGCGAUAACGGCUCCUAUUGUCGAAAAGUUCGCUACUAAGAAGCUGCUUUACAAUGCUUACGGGCCAGCAGAGUGUUCCAUUAGCACGUCAUUUGAACGAAUGAUCCAAGGGGAUGUUAUCACUAUUGGAAAGGCUUCAGCGACAGCGCGCAUGUACCUUCUCGAUGAAAAGCAGAAUCCCGUUCCGAAAGGAGUUCAGGGCGAGAUAUACCUUGCCGGUGUGCAGGUGCUUGAACGGUACAUCAACGCUCCUGAACAGACGGCUUUACGUGUACUCCCCGAUCCAUGGCAUCCAAAAGAACGGAUGUAUCGCACCGGCGACUAUGGCAUCUGUGUGAAAGAUGGCCGGGUGAUAUAUAUGGGUCGAAUAGACCGUCAAGUCAAAAUUCGUGGCUUUCGCAUCGAGCUUGAUGGAGUAGAACAUGCGAUUCUGUCUGAGCCAGCGAUCGAUGACAUUUCGCAGUGCGCUGUGCUGGCAAUUGAUGGUUUACUCGUGGCAUAUAUCACAUUUGGCUCAAAGAACUCCCAAACUCCGACACAAGAGCGGAUAGAUCGGCUCCGUAAUAGGAUGCUCGAAACACAACUUCCUUCAUGGGUCCCCCAGCAGAUUGUCCCAAUUACUGAUUUCCCAAAGUCAGUAAAUGGGAAAGUGGAUAACAAAGCUCUGGAACAGAUGUACAGAUCAAGGUCUUUUCACCACGACGAGACUGUGCCUGGACCCUCCAUAUCAACGGACGUUAAUGGUGUUGAAUCCAAGCUAUCAGAGGCAUGGUGCGAAAUUCUUCAACUAAUACCUCCCGUACGCCUGAGUCCUGAGGAUAAUUUCUUCUCCUUGGGUGGGCACUCGGUGUUGGUCCUACUUUUAGCUACGAAACUUACGGGAAUAUUUGCUGUUGAGAUUACAACUCGUGAACUUUUGCCAUCUCCAGUGUUCCAAGACCAAGUUAACGCGAUUAAACAUCUACUGGAAACUAAGAGAGGCUCAGAGGGUCAUACAAAGGAGCCAAUACGCAGCCACGCAUUGCCAAUAGGGAAGUUAACAGAGCUGGAAAAGCAAGUGUGGUUCCAAUAUCAGGUUGGAACAACAGUCACAGCAUUCAACAUUGCCAACAUUUUAACCGUCAAUGGUCAAAUAGAUUACACCAGGCUCGUGAAUUCUGUCAAUACAGCAUUAGUGUCGGACCCAGUACUUAGCUGCAAUUUCGUGGAAGGACCUGACGGCCUGAGGAGAGUCAUUCGAAGCUCGGCUCCUCAAGUUCGCGAAGUGGAACAGCUCGAUAUCGCAUCAGAGAUAAACUAUGCCUUCGACUUGGAGCAUGAUGAGCUAAUUCGUGUCCAUAUUAUACGCCAACCUGAAGAACUAGGAGGCACAGAGAAGACAUCAAUGACCGAGAUCGUCAUCACAACUUCUCACAGUAUCGCUGAUUUGGCCACAUUGCAAAACUUACUUCGGCUCGUCUCAACCGCAUACGCAGGAAAAGUCAUAAAAGCACACAAAGAGCCACAGCAUCUGAGCUCGAGUCACUGGCAAUAUACUCCCACAAUGCUUGAGCAAAGCUUUUGGAGAGAAUAUUUGCGUAAAGAUGAUGCAGAGAGCUCCAAAUUAUCCCAUUUCAAGGUCCCGCUUCUUCCUUCCGUGACGGCAGCCUUCCAUGGGACAUCCCGAAUUUGCGAGUUCCGCGGGAAUCUAAUCACUAGACUGAAUGCUUUGAUAGAGCGGCUUGGUAUCACACACCAUCACAUGGCAUUAACAGUCGCUGCUCUUCUUCUGCAGUGGUUGAUGAAAGAGGAUGACAUUGUAUUGGGGGCUCCAAAUGCCAAUCGUUGUACCUCAAUUGAACGAGAAGCAUUAGGACAGUUCCUCGAUCGACUCCCCAUUCGCAUACUGCUCGAUUGUCCACGAUCUACUUCAGGCGGAGCGAGCCUCACGCAGAUACUGACAAAUGUCCGUGAUUCGGCAAUCACAGCUUUAACCAAUGCGAUCCCAUUCUCUAAAAUCUUGGAGGCACUCAACAUCUCAAGCGGUGGUCUUCAACAUCCAAUCUUUGAUUGCAUGGUGACAUUUCAUCUCCGAAACAAUAGCCUCGAUAAGUGGCUGCAGUUACCAGAUUGCGAUGUGACUGUAUCUCCUCGUUUUGCUGAAGGGGCCAAAUUCCCACUAAUGUUGGAAUGGUUCGAACUUGAUGCAGACUAUUGGUCGCUUCAUAUCGAGCACGAUACAAACCGGUUACCAAAUGCAAUUAUUGACACCAUUGAGCAUGUUCUAGAGGCAAUUCUCGAGGCAAUAGCGGAUGAAUGUCUGUUACUUGAUCUACAUACUCGCCUAGCAGAUGCUACGGAAGCUAGUUCAAGCUCAAUGGAUCACAAUGGGACGUCAGUUUCGAACGGCGGUCUGCCUCGCGUGCCAGGGCUUGGGCUAUUGCUACCAUUUUCGGAGGUAAUUAAUAUGAUUCAGACAGAGAUGAAGCUAUGCUUAGAUAAGGUCGAUGUACAAAUAUUACCCAACACGUCGUUUUUCUCUGUUGGAGCAGAUUCCAAUGCUGCAAUCGCACUUCGUCAUCGACUACGGGCACUGGGGCUUGAGGUGCCUUUGAGGGCGAUAUUUACGGCGAAGAGUCCGAUGGAAAUUGCAAGACAUGUUACAGUAUAG